AUGUCUGGAACUGGCAACGUCGGUAACUCUGGUGUCUACGAGGCUGGUGACCAGAGAACCUACAAGGACUCUGAGAUCGCCGAGCAGAAGCAGGAGGCUCGCUUCCACGAGGGCAAGGAGCACUCUCACCAGGCCAACGACUCCANNGACGAGCGCACCAUUGCCAACAAGCUUGCCCGUGAGGAGAAGCGCGAGAACGAGGACGAGGAGGAGUCUCUCCAGGCUCAGCAGAUCAAGAAGGACGCCACUCUUCCCGCCAAGUCGCACGGCAACGAGCCCAGCAAGGGCGCCAAGAUCGACCAGGAGCUCGCUGAGGAGGACGCUGCCGCCCUCAAGAACAAGGGCUCGUUCGGUCCCCAGUAA